UGCACACUUGGGAUCCAGGAAUACCACCAUGAAGAUCCUCUUGGCUCAUUUCUUACUCUCGAUGGCGACUGUCAUUGUGGCGUCUCCAGUGCUGCUGCAGAAGGUCCCCUCCAGCAGGAGUGUUAUUGCUGACGCCCCUACAGGAAAUGUUAUUGAGAUCACUAACCAAGUACGGAUUCUGCCUGCUAGCCUUGCUCUAGUUGAGGAUAUCGGGAAUUCAGAGAUCCAGACUACUCCAGACAACACUGGUACGGGAGCCGAGACACGUCCUGGAGACCUUGGCUCAGGAGUUCAGACUCUUCCAGGAAGCCUCGCCACUGGAGUAGAGACUCGCCCUGGAAACCUCGUCACGGGAGUUCAGACUCUUCCAGGAAGCCUCGCCACUGGAGUAGAGACUCGCCCUGGAAACCUCGUCACGGGAGUUCAGACUCUUCCAGGAAGCCUCGCCACUGGAGUAGAGACUCGCCCUGGAAACCUUGUCACGGGAGUUCAGACUCUUCCAGGAAGCCUCCCCACUGGAGUAGAAACUCGCCCUGGAAACCUCGUCACGGGAGUUCAGACUCUUCCAGGAAGCCUCCCCACUGGAGUAGAAACUCGCCCUGGAAACCUGGCACGACCUGACAACAUCAUCACAAUUCCCGAUGAAGUUGUUCCAGCUACACACACAGUUGCUGAAACUCCCCUCGGAGAACUGCAUCUCAGCUUGAAAUGGGUCCCUGCAACACAAGAACAUUCCCCGGAUGAACCAUCGAAGGAAAUCAGACCAGCUGUUCUUGAACCCUCAAAGGAAACCAGACCAGCUGUUCUUGAACCCUCAAAGGAAACCAGGCCAGCUGUUCUUGAACCCUCAAAGGAAACCAGACCAGCUGUUCUUGAACCAUCGAAGGAAAUCAGACCAGCUGUUCUUGAACCAUCGAAGGAAAUCAGACCAGCUGCUCUUGAACCAUCAAAGGAAAUCAGACCAGCUGUUCUUGAAUCAUCGAAGGAAAUCAGACCAGCUGCUCUUGAACCCUCAAAGGAAACCAGACCAGCUGUUCUUGAACCAUCGAAGGAAAUCAGACCAGCUGUUCUUGAACCAUCGAAGGAAAUCAGACCAGCUGUUCUUGAACCAUCGAAGGAAAUCAGACCAGCUGCUCUUGAACCAUCAAAGGAAAUCAGACCAGCUGUUUUAGAACCGACAAAGGAAAUUAGGCCAGCUGUAAGGAAGACUAGAUCAAUUGAUUUAAUCACAGCUGAAACUAAACCAGCUGUUCUCGAACCAUCAAAGGAAAUUAGACCAGCUGUUCUUGAACCCUCAAAGGAGAUCAGACCAGCUGUUCUUGAACCAUCAAAAGAAACCAGACCAGCUGUUCUUGAACCAUCAAAAGAAACCAGACCAGCUGUUCUUGAACCCUCAAAGGAGAUCAGACCAGCUGUUCUUGAACCAUCAAAAGAAACCAGACCAGCUGUUCUUGAACCCUCAAAGGAAACCAGACCAGCUGUUCUUGAACCCUCAAAGGAAACCAGACCAGCUGUUCUUGAACCUUCAAAGGAAACUAGACCAGCUGUUGUGGAACCACUUGAAACUAAACCAGCUGUUUUGGAACCGGUGGAGACAGUUCCAGAGAAUGAAAUUGUUCCAGCUACACACACAGUUGCUGAAACUCCCCUCGGAGAACUGCAUCUCAGCUUGAAAUGGGUCCCUGCAACACAAGAACAUUCCCCGGAUGAACCAUCGAAGGAAACCAGACCAGCUGUUCUUGAACCUUCAAAGGAAACCAGACCAGCUGUUCUUGAACCAUCAAAAGAAACCAGACCAGCUGUUCUUGAGCCAUCAAAGGAAACCAGACCAGCUGUUCUUGAACCCUCAAAGGAAACCAGACCAGCUGUUCUUGAACCUUCAAAGGAAACCAGACCAGCUGCUCUUGAACCUUCAAAGGAAAUCAGACCAGCUGUUCUCGCACCCUCAAAAGAAACCAGACCAGCCGUUUUUGAACCCUUAAAAGAGACCAGGCCAGCUGUGAGGAAGACUAGAUCAAUUGACUUGAUCUCAGUAGAGACCAGGCCUGCUAUACUGGAACCAGAAGUGGCCAACUCUGAAAAAGAAACUAUGCCAGCUGUUAUUGAAUCAGUGGAGACAGAACCAGCUGCUCUGGAACCAAUUGAAACCAGACCAGCUGUUCUAGAACCAGUUGAAACCAAACCAGCUGUUCUAGAACCAGUUGAAAUUAUGCCAGCUGUUAUUGAAUCAGUGGAGACAGAACCAGCUGCUCUGGAACCAAUUGAAACCAAACCGGCUAUUUUAGAACCAGUUGAAACCAAACCGGCUGUUUUAGAACCAGUUGAAACCAAACCAGCUGUUCUAGAACCAGUUGAAACUAUGCCAGCUGUUAUUGAAUCAGUGGAGACAGAACCAGCUGCUCUGGAACCAAUUGAAACCAGACCAGCUGUUCUAGAACCAGUUGAAACCAAACCAGCUGUUCUAGAACCAGUUGAAACCAAACCAGCUGUUCUAGAACCAGUUGAAACCAAACCGGCUGUUCUAGAACCAGUUGAAACCAAACCGGCUGUUUUAGAACCAAUUGAAACCAAACCAGCUGUUCUAGAACCAGUUGAAACCAAACCAGCUGUUCUAGAACCAGUUGAAACCAAACCAGCUGUUCUAGAACCAGUUGAAACCAAACCAGCUGUUCUAGAACCAGUUGAAACCAAACCAGCUGUUCUAGAACCAGUUGAAACCAAACCGGCUGUUUUAGAACCAAUUGAAACCAAACCAGCUGUUCUAGAACCAGUUGAAACCAAACCAGCUGUUCUAGAACCAGUUGAAACCAAACCAGCUGUUCUAGAACCAGUUGAAACCAAACCAGCUGUUCUAGAACCAGUUGAAACCAAACCAGCUGUUCUAGAACCAGUAGAAACCAAACCAGCUGUUCUAGAACCAGUUGAAACCAAACCAGCGGUUUUAGAACCAGUUGAAACCAAACCAGCUGUUUUAGAACCAGUUGAAACCAAACCAGCUGUUCUAGAACCAGUUGAAAACAAACCAGCUGUUUUAGAACCAGUUGAAACCAAACCAGCUGUUCUAGAACCAGUUGAAACCAAACCAGCUGUUCUAGAACCAGUUGAAACCAAACCAGGUGUUCUAGAACCAGUUGAAACCAAACCAGCUGUUCUAGAACCAGUUGAAACCAAACCAGCUGUUCUAGAACCAGUUGAAACCAAACCAGCUGUUCUAGAACCAGAUGUGUCAGAACCAGCAGAUUAUGUAUUCGGUAAUUCAUUAGGUGAACUAAGAAUUGGCCUAAGUUGGUAUCCACACUCCAGCUUUGUCGCUCAAGAACCAGCUGUCCCAGAGGAACCUAUUAAGCAAACUAAACCAGCUGUCCCAGAGGAACCAGCUGUCCCACAGGAGCCAAUUAAGCAGACUAAACCAGCUGUCCCAGAGGAACCUAUUAAGCAGAUCAGACCAGCUGUCCCAGAGGAACCUAUCAAGCAGACCAGACCAGCUGUCCCAGAGGAACCUAUCAAGCAGACCAGACCAGCUGUCCCAGAGGAGCCUAUUAAGCAGAUCAGACCAGCUGUCCCAGAGGAACCUAUCAAGCAGACCAGACCAGCUGUCCCAGAGGAACCUAUCAAGCAGACCAGACCAGCUGUCCCUGAAUAACAAUUCAACAAAUUCGGUCUCCUUUCCUACAGAACCCACAAACCAAGUUAAUCGUCUACAGCCUUGAAGAACAAUCAAGAACCUUAUAUACUAACCAAAUACACUGAAAUGACACUUUGAUUACAUCAUAUUAAUUGAAAGUGUAUAAAAGUGCUCUGAAAAUACAGAUUUGAUGUCUUUUGCCUGACUCAAUGUCUUCUGCUCUUCAAAACUCGAGAUUGGAAAACGAGUCAACCCUGAAAAUUCUGAAGUAGGCUUACUCAAACUGCAACAUGGUGAAAUGUAGUCAAGGAUAGAAAAUUAUAUAUGAGACAGUCGUUCAUAUUCAGAAAUACUUCGGCUGGACCAGCAUUUCGCACCCGUCAGCCAAUCAUCAUCGAGCUGCUACACAUUGCAACCAAUCAGAGCCGUAAUGACGAAAGAUGUUCGAAAUGUCUCUGAAUAUAAGCAUGUUUCUCAUCCCUGUAAUGUAAUAAACCAAUUUGUUGAUCA